AUGAUGGUAUUUGUGAACAGGAUCAAAUGUGUUGGAAGGUUUGGCUAUAACUGUUCACAGGAGUGCCCGGAAGGAUUUUACGGAGGAUCAUGUAACAGUAAAUGUAACUGUUCUGAUGAGACCUGUAAUAAAAUAUCGGGAUGUUUAAGCAAAUGUGUUGGGAGGUUUGGGUAUAACUGUUCACAGGAGUGCCCGGAAGGAUUUUACGGAGGAUCAUGUAACAGUAAAUGUAACUGUUCUGAUGAGACCUGUAAUAAAAUAUCAGGAUGUUUAAGAAAAUGUGUGGGGAGUUUUGGCAUCAACUGCAGUCAAGACUGUCCGAAGGGAUACUAUGGAAAACAAUGCAGUGAGAAAUGUACAUGCAAUGCCAGUCAGUGUGACGAUACACUGGGUUGUCUGGCAGCUCCUCCGGAAUGUGUGGGAAUGUUUGACAUUAACUGUACUCAAAAAUGUCCGACGGGAUACUAUGGAAAACGAUGCAAUGAGACAUGCACAUGCAAUGCCAAUCAGUGUGACGAGAUACUGGGUUGUCUGGCAGAUCCUUUGGGUAGUGAGAAAGAAGAUGGAGUGUGCUACGACAAAGAAAAUGGUACCCACUGCUGUUCAAACUACAUGUACCAGAGGAACGAACACAAGUGUCAGGAAUGUGUGGGGAGUUUUGGCAUCAACUGCAGUCAAGACUGUCCGAAGGGAUACUAUGGAAAACAAUGCAGUGAGAAAUGUACAUGCAAUGUCAGUCAGUGUGACGAUAUACUGGGUUGUCUGGCAGCUCCUCCGGAAAUCGAAAGUGACAAGCACCCAAUCUUAGAACCAGUUCUACAUAAUGCUUUACCAACCUCACUGGUAUGUGGAGUACUUUUAGUUGUCAUGCUUCUAGUAUUCAUCUGCAGGUACGCACGAAAAUACAUCCACCAGAGCCGAUUAUCCCGUAAUACCACAACAAAUAUGGAUCAUUUCGAGAAUGACACUGCCUGUGUUUAUGCCGCUGUAACACGUCCAAAGAAAAAAGUGUUGCUUAAUGGUGUACUACAGAAAGAUGCUACUUAUGGAAACACAAGAUUUAAGAGAAACGAAAAUACGGAAAGGGAAAACAAUUCGUCCAGAUGUUCAGGAAAACAAAUUUUACAUGAUGUUGACUCCCCAUGCAAAUGUUCAGAGCUGGAGGAAGUUUAUGAUGACACCGCUUGUAAUACACAUGCGUCAUCAUAUUCAGAGCUGGAGAAAACCGCUUGUAUUACGUCAUCAUGUUCAGAGCUUGAGGAAACAGUUUGUAUUACGUCAUCACCCAGGAAAGAUGCUAAAAAUGUUUCUUCUGAGCUGGAGAGUCAAUCUGACUGCAGCUGUCAUUUUCCAAAUCAAAAUAAUGCAGAAGAAAGGAUCUAUCGAGGACACCAAACUUCCUUAAGAGAAACUAAUAGCCAGUUUUAUUAUACUCUUGAAAAAUGCACCGCGUAAUUUAUGGAACUGGGAGAAAAGAGGAGAAUCCAACUUAUCAUUAAAAUUCAAUAACAAUCAUAGCAGACAAAAUAAUCCAACUCUUUAAUCAUUUGAAGAAUAAGACUUGUUUGGUUAGUUGAUUCAAUCAAAAAUGGCAAUGUGGAAGAACAAAAUGAGAACUAAUAAUAUUGAAAAUAUCGAGGGACAGUUGAACUUGCAAAUAUUAUCAGGGUAAUUUGGCGCAUGAAAAGUAUGACUUUUGAUAUUCUUCACCCAUAUCUACCAGUUUAAUAUCCCUGAGGUUCUUCUGAACAAUGUGAUAUGAAUUUUGAUAAUAUAACUAAUACUUCUGUUCUAAUGGCUGGAAAUUCCGACAGAAAGGAAAGUAGGAAGUACGUAUGAGAAUUUCGUUUUUGAAAAUACAUGAGGGUAUGAACUCUGACGCUUCACGCCCGCAUAUUUUCAUGAAAGGAGGUAGUAAGCUUGAACAAUGCACACUUUGCACAAAUGCACACAACUCUUUUAAUUUGUGCAAAACUCGAGCGUCUUAAUAUGGAAUAGUGUUCCUACGGUAGUCUAUUUUGACGUGGUGCUUAUCUUGUUCAAUCUCUGAUUAAAUUUGAAUAAAGAAUUUAUCUUACUGAUAAACACAUGAAAGGGGUGAAGGGAAGUGAAAGGAUUGAUGGGAAGACGUGUACAGAGAGCGCUGAGACUUUUACUAACAUAAAAGCAAUGUUUGUGUCGUGUUGUUUACUGGUAUCAAACUUAAUAAAAGUUUAUGUAUUUAGA